GUAAAAACAUGAGGUCAUUUUAAACAAUCUGCACAUAAAUUUGGUCAAAAUCGUGACUUUCUGCUGCUGCUGCUAAAUGUGAAACUCAUUUGGCAAAAAUUCUUCUAUUUCACUCACGACUUAUUGGACACAUUUCUGUCGAUCGCGAAAAAGAAACAGUGUGCUACAACAUGUGGUUCUGAGGUGCCCUAACCAAAAUCGAUUUUUCAAUCAUCUCUCAUCAAAUUUAACUGUCAAACAAGAUGGACGACGAAAUGAGCGAAUAUCUAAACAAAAUGCAAAUCAAAGAAACAUCUGAAUUGUAUGUUCGAUGCAGUACAAUAUGCUUCGACCGAUGUGUUAGCAAUUUUACUUCACGUAAAUUAAAUGAUAAGGAGGUAUGGUUUUAUGUCAAGGACCGAAUGCGUCAAUAAAUGUACAGAAAAAUUCGCCAAAAUGAACCAACGUUUAACACUUAGACUAUUUGAGUUGAAUCGUGAAGAACUAGUUAAACAGUAAAACAAAAUAAAAUAUUCACUUCAGUAGCUGUACAUAAAUUUGUUGACCUCGUUGCUCGUUUUAGAGUUUUAUCGUGUCGAAUAAAACUUUGAGUUUUG